UCCCGGAAGUUUGGGGCAGGCCGCGCUCCACGUGGACGGCGCCCGGCGGGCGGGUGCGGGCUGGUGUCGUGUGCUGGAGACAGAAGAUCCACGAUCUGGGACCAGCCCCUCCAGGGCUUUUCAUGUCUCCCCAUCUCCUUCUGUGCCAGCUCUGCUCCCAGAGUCCUUUCUGCACCUCUAAGAUCAACACUGAGUAAAUCUCUAGGGAUGGUGUCGUUCGAGGACGUGGCCGUGACCUUCACGGGGGAGGAGUGGCGGGCCCUGGACGCCGCGCAGAGGACCCUGUACCGCGACGUGAUGCUGGAGACCUACGGCAGCCUGGCGUCCCUGGGGCGCUGCGGGAACAAGCCGGAGGUGAUCGUCAGGCUGGAGCAGGCGGCGGAGCCGUGGGCUGCGGCGGAACCCCCGGGCCGGAGCCUCUCGGAUGUCCCCGCCGUGGGCGGCCUGGUGGAGACCCCCCGGGAAGAGCGCCAGCGGCCGUGGCGCGUCUCCAAGAGCAGAACCCCAGCGGGGGAGGCCGCUGCCUCAGGAGAACGUGCGCCCUUGAGCUCCGCUGAUCAUUGCACCCCGACUGUGACGAAGGGCGGCUGCUCAGGGAGGCCUGCGGGUGUGCAUGCGUGUGAGAACGCGUGUCCCCCCGGGGAUCCUGGCGCGGCAGGCGCCGAGGAGGAAGCCGGGGGCCCUGAACCGGCCCGGGUAGCUGUCAGGGCUGCGGAGUAUCCCGGGCUGCGUCAGGGCCAGGCUCACCGGCGGCCUUUAGGAUUCAGCGCACGAGGGGACACCGUCAGCAAAGAGGCCGCCUCCGUUCCCCGCGGGACGGCCCUUCGCGGGGACGGCCCUUGUACAGGCGUGUGUCGGGAAGUUUGCCGUGAGGCAGCUCUCGCUGUCCAGGAUGGAACUCGGAUGGGGCAGAUUCACUGUGCGUGUCAGGGGCGGGGGAGUCCUGCUUUGGGGAAUCAGAAAUCUUUGAAUCUUCAUAAAGAUUUUGAAGAUGAACACCAGAAAUAUAAUCAAAGUGAGAAUUAUUUCAGCGAGGAACUCCACUUCACUCAGCUCCAGAGAAUUCCUUUAGAAGAAAAAAGUUUUGAAUCUAAUACACGUACUAAUCCUGUCUAUGAAGUCUCUGUUCUUAGUGACCGUCAGGAAACACAAACAGGUGGUAAACCCUCUGAUUAUGGGAAAACGUCUGAGAAAUCAACACUCAGAAGAUACCAGGACACCGUCACUUCGGAGAAACCCUUUGAGAAUAAAGAAUGCGUGAGAAUUUUCUCCUGGACUGCGGCCCUCACUGCACACCAGCAGUCUCGCACAGCGGAGAAACCCUAUGCGUGUCAGGAGUGUAGGAAGGCUUUCUACUGGAAGUCAUCCCUCACCAAACACCAGCGCACUCACACCGGAGAGAAACCCUACGAGUGUCAGGAGUGCAGGAAGGCUUUCUUGUGGAAGACAUCCCUCAUCACACAUCAGAGGACGCAUAGCGGAGAGACGCCCUAUGUGUGCAAACUCUGCAGGAAAUACUUCUCCUGCAACUCGGCCCUCACGAAACAUCAGGGAACACACACAGGAGAGAGGCCUUACGAAUGCCAAGAGUGCGGGAGAGCUUUCUUGCGGAAGGCGUCCCUCAUCAUCCAUCAGAGGACACACACAGGUGAGAAACCCUAUGAAUGUGAAGUGUGCAGGAAGACUUUCUCCUGCAAGUCAGACCUCACGAAACAUCAGAGGAUCCACACGGAAGAGAAACCUUACGAGUGUCAAGAGUGUGGGAAGGGAUUCUUGUGGAAAGCAGCCCUCGCUAAACACCGGCGCACUCACACCGGAGAGAAGCCCUAUGAGUGUCAAGAGUGCAGGAAAACCUUCUACUGGAAGUCUUCCCUCACCGUGCACCAGAGAACUCACACCGGGGAGAGCCUCUACGCGUGUCAGGAGUGCAGGAAGACCUUCUACUGCAAGUCGGCCUUCGCCGCACACCAGAGAAAGCACCGCGGAGAGAAGCCGUACGCGUGUCAAGAGUGCGGGAAAACCUUCUCCUGGAAGUCAACCUUCAGGAAGCACCAGAGGACUCACACGGGGGAGAACCCCUACGAGUGUCUGCAGUGCAGGAAGAUUUUCUACCAGAAAUCGGCGCUGGCUCAGCACCAGAGGACGCACACCGGGGAGAGGCCCUACGCGUGCCCGGAGUGCAGCAGGGCGUUCCACUGGAAGACGUCGCUCGUCGUCCACCGGAGGACGCACACCGGGGAGAGGCCCUACGCGUGCGCGCAGUGCGGGAAGCGUUUCUCCUGCAAGUCGGCCCUCACCAAGCACCGCAGGCUGCACGGCAAGGAGACCCCGUGUGUGCAGAGGAUGUAGGCGCUGGACAGCAGGAGCUCGCCGGGGGGCCGCGGACACAAGGCUGUGGAGAGCUUUCUCCGAGGCGGCCGCCCGCUGUGCGCGCGAGACCGUCCCGCGGGGCCGCGGGGGCUCUGUCCCGGACGCCGAGGGCGUGGU